AUUUUAAUUGUCAUGAAGCAACAAAUAUUUUUAUUCAAUAAUUGGACUCGUUUCUCUUUUCAAUUCGAAUAUUCAUUGCAUAGUAAUUAUAUUCUAAAAAAUAAUAGUGUAGUGCUACAAAAUAGACGGUUCAUAUACGGAAGAAUAAUGGAGUAAGACAAGUUUUAAUGAUUAAUUAAAUAUUUGCGCACAUAUAUUAAAUUAGUUAAAAGGUGUAGGUCGUGUUUGUCAAACAUCAAUAAGUGAACUGUCAACGAUAAUGCACUAAUCAAGAUUAUAAGAACGCUUUUGUGUUGUGUUCAAUUAUAUUUUCACGCAACUGAAACUGCAGGAAAUGUUUAAUACUACCGCAUAAUUGGUUAAUAGCGUGCUGAAUAAAUAUAGUCUUGAAAACUGCUUUUAAAAAAUGGCUGACUCGCCAACGAAUAUCGAAAACCAGAUUGAUAGCUUCCUGGAACAGUUCAAUCGAAAUACCUCAGGAACCAUGCAGAAACAUCAUCAUCAUAGAAGUAGUCUCUAUAAUGUUAGCAACAUCAGCCCUAGCCGUAGUGCUAACUUCGACUUAGAAAUUUUUGAAGCCGAGGAUGUUGAGAGCAUGACAGACGAAAUAGAGAAUGGCGAUUUAGCUGUUGGAGAUGUUGCAGAACUUCUUCAAUCUCAAUUUGCUAUUGUAACUGGUGGUAAAACGCGAGAAGGGUGUCCUAUUAUAACUCUUCCAGAUAAUGGAAAUUUUCAAAACUUAUGCGACUUAGACUAUCAGCGUCUUAUGUUGUAUCUCACCUCUGUCCCAACGUUGCAUGAAGCUGAUCUGGGGUUUCAUUUAGUUAUCGAUCGAAGAAAUGAUAAAUGGAAUUCUGUUAAAACUGUUCUUUUGAAAAUUUCUGCUUUCUUUCCUGGCCUGGUACAUGUAGCAUAUGUUUUACGUCCAGUGGGUUUCUUGCAAAAAGCUAUCUCUGAAGUAUCAAAUAAACUAUUUCGAGAAGAUUUUAAGUUUCGAGUAAUAGUUCUUACGAAUGUGAUUGAGCUACAUAAUUUUAUUGACAAAGACCAAUUAACUGAACAACUAGGAGGGGAUCUGCCUUACUGCCAUCAUACUUGGAUACAAAAUAGAAUAAGUCUCGAGAAAUUUUCCUCAAUGACACAAGACGUUUCAUUGGCAUUGGAUUCAUUUACGCGUAAACUAGCGGAGAUGGAGUUCCCAAAUAAUACAAUCGCCACCAAAACAUUAUUGAUCCAACAACAAACUGAGUAUGAUGAACUUAAGGAAGAAAUCUUAAGCGCGGCUCGACACGGAGAAACUCUACUCGACAACUUAAAGCAAAUCAUGGGUAAAAGCACCGCCGAUCGCCUCGGAAAUGUUGCUACUGUUGAAAGAUUACUCGUUCAAUUGGAGGAAACAGAACGAACAUUUGAUGUCUUUUGGUCACAUCACAAUUCUCGCUUAAAACACUGUUUGGCUCUUCGACAGUUUGAACAAAACUUUAGAGAUUUACAAGCAAGCUUGAAUCAACAUUUGAAAACAAUUGAAGAAAUGACAGAGGUUGGCGAAACCCAAGCUAAAAUUAAUCAGUUACUUCGAGAAACAUCAGCAUUUCAAAUGAUUUGCAGAAGUGAUAUAGAUAGAGCAGAAGAAGUAGUCAUCUCUGGUGAACAAUUAUUAUCCGAUAGGCAUCAAUGCCCCGUAGAAAUAGUAAAACCAAAAUGUGUGGAGUUACAGAGAAUCUGUUCAAUGAUCAAUCAGAAGCUGGAAAGAAGACUGCACACUCUCGCUAAGUAUCAACAACUCAUGGAAUAUAUUGACAUGGCAAAUACUUGGUGUGCACGUGGAAUAGAAUUACUAGCUACACAAAACAAUUUAAUUCCAGCGGAUCAAGCUCUUCAAGAACUUCAGUCGUUGGUUUCAGAUGCGAAAGAAUUCCAUCAUUCAGAAAAUGUAUUUGUAGACUCUAUUACACCCGAAACAAAAGCUAUUGUUACUCAGGUAUUACAAAGGAUAGAAGAUGUAUCAUUAAUGUGUGAUAAAAGAAUCAUGGUUCUUAAACAGCAAUUACUAAAAUCUACAAAGCCUAUUCAAGCUGUUACCCCAGAAAUAACAAAACCUCUUCAGCCAGCACCACAGUAUAUUAGACCUAAACGAAUUCUUAAAAAAGCUAAUACAAUCCCUAAGAUGGAAAUGAAUUCAAUUGAAGGAGAAAUUUCAUCACCAGAUAGUGAACCGCGAAAUAUAGAAACUGUAAAAUUGAAACGUGGCCAUGUACUCGCAGAACUAGUAGAAACUGAACGAAUUUAUGUAUCAGAACUCGGCUCCAUUAUCACAGGAUAUAAAAUGGAAAUAAAUAAUGAAGCAGUAGCUCACCUUGUACCUGAAGCACUAUUUGACAAGGCUGAUAUUUUAUUUGGUAAUCUGGAAGACAUUUACCUUUUUCAUAGUGAAACAUUUUUAAGAGACUUGGAGAAUUGUAUUUCUAAUACAGAGCUUGUAGCUUUAUGCUUUGUUCAACGGAAAGAAAUUUUUUUUCGAUUAUAUAGUUAUUAUUGCCAAAAUACUCCACGAUCGGAAAGAUUACGAGAACAAAUACAAAACGAACCACAAUUUUUUGUAAUUUGUCAACAUAAACUCGGACAUAAAUUACCGCUAGCUGCAUAUUUACUUAAGCCAGUACAGAGGAUUACCAAAUAUCAAUUAUUGCUUAAAGAUUUAUUAAAAUAUAGCGAUGAACAAUCAUGCUGUGUUGAGUUACAGGAAGCAUUAGACUGUAUGCUCAUUGUACUAAAAUGCGUUAAUGAUAGUAUGUAUCAGACAGCUAUCACAGGUUUUGGAGGCGAUUUAAAUGUUCAAGGAGAACUUCUUCUACAAGAUUCCUUUAGUGUUUGGAGCAGCAGUAAACGAGAACGCUUGCUGCGCUUAAAACCAUCGCAACGUCAUAUAUUUUUAUACGAAAAGGCUGUGAUAUUUUGCAAGCAUAAUAAACCGCAAACUCAUACCAAAGCUACUUACCAUUUUAAAAGAUAUUUAAAAACUUCUCAAAUUGGUUUAACAGAAUCAGUCAAAGGAGAUGUUCGAAGAUUUGAAAUUUGGCUGCAAGGUCGUGCCGAAGUUCACACUAUUCAAGCAUCAAGCAUAGAUGUUAAGCAAGUAUGGGUUCAACAAAUUAAGGCUGUUUUAAUGUCACAACUUGCUGAAUUAAAAGGAAAACAAAACACAGCUUUACUUGGCAAAUCUGGUCAUAAAUUACUCCGACAAACAUUCUCAUGGGAUGCUCAAAGUAGCCUUUCAGGAUCAUUACGAACAUUGUCAAUAGAUAAUAGCGCAGUUUCGCAUUUUACUGAUGUUUCUCAUUCAACGGAAAAUGAAGACAUCGGAUGGAGCUCUGAAAAUAGCAAUACAGAUGAUGAAGAUACUUUUAAUGAAAUUCCCGGUUCAACAUCUGGUGGUAGGUAUGUAGCUUUGGCUGAUUACUGCGCGAUGGGACAAUCUGAAGUUACAAUGCGUGAAGGUGACAAUCUAGAACUACUGAAAAUUGGUUACGCUGGAUGGUGGUUCGUAAAAGUCAUCGGUGCUGGAAUGGAAGGUUGGGCCCCAGCAUCCUACCUUGAGCCAAUUAUCCGCAAAACAUCACGUAACUUAUCGCAGGUUAUUAAUAGUCAUGAAACUAUAUAAAACCAAAGAUUGACAUGCUAAAUCAAUUAUUUAAUAUAUUAAGUAACCUUAGACCUUUUAUUCAAUGAUAUUAGAAAAUGGCAAUGGUUAGUAAUUCAUUGUUGCAAUCGUGUGGUUGUUUAUUUAAGAAUAUGUAUGCAAUGAUAUAUCAAACAAAUUCAUUUA